AUGUAUUCAGAAGCAUUUACAUACUAUCUCCCAUUUUUAAGAUCCACUUGCCCAGACUUCAGUCUUAUUGGAACACCUGGUCUUCCAAUCCCUAAGUUUGAUUCGAAUUUUGUUGCAAAUCUCGCAAGAUCAGUCAAAACAAUUUUCGCUACCGAACCUAGUUGUUUGGUAAUCAAUACUUCGGUAGUUGUUGUUGGAGAUCUUCAUGGAAAUUUUAUUGAUUUAUGCCGAAUUAUUGCUCACGCUGGAAUGCCGAAAGAUACAACUUAUCUAUUCUUAGGAGAUUACGUUGACCGUGGACAGUAUUCAACAGAUGUAGUGAUCCUAUUGUUUAUUUUGAAAUAUACUUAUCCCGAUAAGGUUUUUAUGCUUCGAGGAAAUCACGAAUUUCAAACAAUGAACUUUUACUACGGAUUUUACAACGAAGUUCUUGCAAAUUACAAUAAGGAUGUAUAUACUUCUAUUAACGACGCUUUUACUUAUUUAUCAUACUCUGCAAUCAUCGGCGGCAAUACUUUUGCGGUUCAUGGUGGUUUGAGCCCUCUAUUUACUAGCUUAAACGACGUGAAGUAUAUCUCAAAGCCAGUCCUAGAUUCAGAGAUUGAAAAACCAGAAUCGCUGAUUGCUGAUAUAUUAUGGUCAGAUCCAUCAUGCGAUGAUACAGAGUUUUCUGAUUCGUUCCGUGGCCAUGGAAAGAUAUUUGGAAAAAAGGUUAUUACGAAAUUCCUAGAAACAACAAAAAUGAAAAGAAUAGUAAGAGCCCACCAAUGUGUUCUAAAUGGUCAUGAAACUCUUCACGAUGGCAAGAUUAUUACAGUUUUCUCUUCUUCAGCCUAUAAUGAUGUCAAAUCUAAUAAGAGCGCAAUUCUAAUAAUGAAUGCCAAUGAUACCCAAGAAAUUGUUACAUUUGAUACUAUCAGAACAGUGACCAGAGAUAAAGCCGUUUUCUAUCCUGUUGGAGAUAGUGCCCCGCGUUGUACAAAAUUACAUAUAAUAGGUCAGCCAAAGAGGCCUCCGAUCAGAGCAUCAUUUUCUACUGUUGGAAUUAAUAAGAAUUUAGGCGUAUCGCCUACAAUGCGUAUGCUUACAAUGAAACCAAAGCUCGUUAGAAGAGUUUCGGCACCUAUGGAAUAA